AUGUCUCAAGAGAGUUUUCAACAACAACAACAGCAACUUUCUCAACCGAGUGAUGAUCAAAGAAGGCUUGCUCAACUCAUUUCCCAUCUUUUUCCAUCAAACGCCACUUGUCAUUCCGAUCCCAACAACUCCCUCUCUCUUCAUUCCUGUUCAGGCUCCUCCAAUCCAUAUCCCUAUGGAUCCAUACAACCCUCCACCAAUGAUCCAAAGAAUUGUCUUUCAUGUUACGCCAUUUCUUCCAAUCAAAUGAUUCAACACACUCUCGAAAGAUACGAAUCCGAAACACAUCGCAACAUUCGAAACAGAAUUUACGAGUUGGUUCGGAAAAAUCCAAAAUUAUUUGAGAGAAGAUUUGGAUUGACUAAGGACGAAGAGCGAUACUUGUCACACGAUCGUUUGGAAUUUAUCAUUCAACAAUUGAAACCAUUUGAAAUGGAACAUUUUAAAACAGAUCCGAAAAGAAUUUUCACAGUUUUGGAGACUUUGAGUAUGAUUGAUUUUGGAAGUUGUGGACGGUGUAUGAUUCAUUUUGGAUUAUUUGGAGCUUCGAUCUUGUUUUUUGGAACUGAAAAGCAUCAACCAUUCUUGCAAAGAAUUGUGAAAGAUUUGAGUCGAGAUUUCUUUGGAAUGUUUUGUAUGAGCGAAUUGAAUCAUGCUUCGAACGUUCAAGCCAUUGAAACUCGUGCCAUUUACGAUCAUUCGACGAAAACUUUUCAAAUUGUGACACCUAGUGAUUCUGCCGUCAAAGUUUGGUCGGGAGGUGCUGCCUUAUUGGCCACAUGGGCCAUUGUUUUUGCACAACUCAUUGUCAAUAAUGAAAAUAAGGGUGUUCAUACCUUCUUGGUUCCCAUUCGUUCUGAAAAAGAUCAUUCUGUUUUACCUGGUAUUCGAAUUCGAGAUUUGGGAUCUAAAAUUGGACUCAAUUCAUUGGAUAACGGAAGAGUUUGGUUCGAUCAUGUCACUAUCCCUAAAGAUUACUUGUUGGAUCGUUUUGGAACCAUCACCGAUGAAGGAACUUACAAAACGUCCAUUCCUGACGCUGGAUUGAGAUUCUUGAGUCAUGUUUCGGCAUUGUUGAUUGGAAGAAUCAUGACAGCAAGUUCGAGUAUUUUAGCUUUGAAAUUGGCUUUAGAAAUUACUUUGAAACAUGCCAUUCAUCGAAAGCAAUUCGGCCCAACACUCGAUAAGGAAGUUCCCAUUCUAUCGUAUCUGAGUUAUCAACGAAGAUUUUAUCCAUAUUUGGCAUUUACAUAUGUCAUGCAAUUUGCUGUCGAGGAUUUGAAAAUGAGAUAUGAAAAACCUUCUAAAGGUGCUGAAAAUAAGAUGAUGCACACUUUGGCAGAUUGUUUGAAAGCUAAAUGUAGUGAAACAGCAUUCAAUGGAUGUCAGGAAUGUCGAAAAGGAGCAGGUGCUCAAGGUUUUUUAUCUGUGAACAGAAUUGGAGAAAUGAGAACCAUUGCAGAUGCAUCCUUGACUUAUGAAGGUGAUAACACCAUUCUCUAUCAAACUGCUGCUAGAAAUUUAAUGAAGAGAGGAUCCACAAUUCCCAAAUUGAAGAAAUUAACCAACUUGUGGGACUUGCAACAAUUACAGCAAAUCUUUGAAUUCAGAGAUGCAACCAUCGAACAGGCAUAUGUGAAAAAAACGGCACUACUUGCCAAAAAAACAAACAAUGCCUUCGAGGCCAGUGUUCGUACUCAGGAUCUCGCUCUCAAACUUUGCAAUUCCUAUGUGGAAAAUCAUGCCAUCAAAGUGUUCAUGAAAGAAGCAUUGGAAUCUCUUUCACAAGAAAACAAGAAUCUUGGACAAGUUUUAGAAAGACUGGCACUUUUGCUUGUCUUUACUUGGAUUCAACAAGAUGGAUUCUUCUUGCAGCAUGGAUUAAUUUCUAGUGAGCAGUAUGGACAAUUGGAUGACAUGAUUAAUUCUAUUUGUGAAGAGUUGACACCACUCGUGCCAAUGUUGAUCAAGAGCUUUAACUUCCCAGAGGAUAUUGUCACCAAUGUGCCCAUGGGUCCAAAACUUGUGGAAAUGAUGGCCUAUGAUAAGAUCUAUGAUUAA